UAGUCAAUUAAGAACAAUUCAGUAUAAGCAGCUUAUCUUGUAGUCUUAAAACUUCAAACAAAACUGUCGAGAAAAAAUAAACGACAGCAAUAGCAAAUCAAAGAAAAUGAUGCUGAAAAUGAUUCAUUUAUCAUUUAUCGUCGCCAGCUGCGUUCACGAAAGUUGCACUAAAGCUGUCGGCGAUCACGUUUCAACGACGCAGUUGACGGACAACAGAGAAAGACUACCUGUAUCCAACAGCAAAGAAAUUGGUUUAAAGGAAUUUUUUGGUAAAAUUGCAACUCAUUCAAUGGAAUGUACGAGGAGAAAACAAGGAAAGUUUCAUUAUGAUGUUAAAAAUGGUAAAUUAUUAUUAUGUUACAACAACGAGUGGCGUGAAAUGGGUUGGAAAUUAAACAAAAAGGAAGCAAAGUUACCAUCGUCAUGUCUUGAUGCAAAGUUGAAAGGUUUGGGUAAAAAUGAUGGAUUGUUCUGGAUAAACCCUCAGGAAGAAGACGAUUUACAUAAUUCAUUCUUAGCUUACUGCGAUAUGACUACAGCAGGUGGUGGAUGGACUCUAGUGGCAAAAAUUACACAUGACUAUGCCUGGAUAUGUCCUGAAAGAAAAGGUUCCAAUUGCCUCAAUUCUAAUGUUGAUCCACUUACCGCUAAUCUUUUUCAUAAAGUACAUGCUCGUGACUUCGUUGAUCUUACGAUUUCGUCGGAUGAAAAUUCAGGAAUUCAUUUGAGAAACGAAAUCAUCAGAAAGUUGUUCGUCGGUGGUCGACGGUCAGUGCGGUUUUCAUUCGUCACAUCAUCAGAGGGCUGGACUCCAAGCGAGGAUGCGUACGCAGCUUUUAGCUAUGCAAACACAAGCAAAAUAUUUCUUGGAAAAACACUGGCUGAUUAUUCUCGUGUAAAUGGUGAUUACACAUGGAAUGUCCUGCGCCAUGAUCGCAAACAUCUCAGUUUUACAGGUUCAAUAAUAUGCUGGGGAAUGGAUGUUGAUUCCGAUUACCGCUACUAUGAUCAAGGUUUGCAUGUUGGAACUCCAACAAGAGGAAAUAAAAAAUGCCAUUUGUCCAACGACGAAAACGAAGUCAUGCUAAAAAGCCACUACGCGCGUUUAAACAGUUCUGGUCGAAGUGCAGAAUGGGACAGAGCACAAUUUGGAUUUCUAGGCUCACAAUUUCUUCAAGCUCCAUGCCAAAGAAUUGCCCUCUGGGUUCGAUAGCAAAAUUUAUUUAUUUCUGUAAUAGAGAAUUCAACCUUGAAAUAUAAUUGAACUAAAAUAUACCUUCAUUUAAACAAAAAACUUUAAAAAAUAUUAUUUGCAUAUUACAUCAAAGCUGUUAUUUCUCACACAUGACCCACAAGAUAAGUAUGCAAUGGAAAGUCACAAACAUUCAACCAUCAUGUACUGUUAUUUAAUUAACAUAAAUUCAUAUGUUUUUAAAGUGACUUAUUCAAAGUAUACAAACAGUAGCUAUAAAAUAUCCUGUUUCCUGUAAAACUAAACAGUUGUACAAGAACUUUGGUAUGGACAUCAAUUGACAAAGCUCGGUUUUUGGUAAAAAUACAGCUACACAUGCAAAA